CACUUCCUUCCUCCAGCACCAGCCACCUACCUCCUUGUUUCAACGUCGACAUCGACGACGUCAGCUAGCAGGGCGCUUCUAUCUCAGUAGUACUACACUAGCAUAAGCAGGUGGAUCUGUCGCUCAACACCCAAAGAGGAAGGCCUGCCUGCAAGCUUGGCGCACAUCCUAUCCUAGCUACUCCACCGCUCCUCAAUCUCCUCUCCUGCUGCUGCUGCUACUCCUCCAACUAGCUGCCGCUGCUACUUCUCCUACUCCUACACUUUUGCUACUCCGACGAGUACUGCCACCCGACCCUUCUUUCGCCCCCUUGAAUAGCUGCACGGAGCGGUGCCAAGCCGAGGAAGAAGAGCAAGAUGGCGUACAACGGAGGAAGGCCACGGCCUAACCAGAACAUGCGCGGUGCGCCAGACUAUCCGCCCCCUCCGCCGCACUUUAAUGGCGCCGGGGGACACCCGCUCCAGGGCCAGCAGUACCCCCCUGCUCCCGCCUUCCAAGGCUCGUCGACGACGCUGGACCACGUCAAUCCCUUCUACUCGCACGAGCAGGGCAACCCGAGCUAUGCGAGCGGGAUGCGAAACGAGUACGAAGAUGACAAGAUCCCGCUGACGGGCCCCGCCAAUGAAAAAUACGGCUACCAGCCUCCGAGCUCGUACAGCCUCGAGGACCCAGGCUAUGGCAUGCCGCAGGCUCCGCCGUUCCGCCAUGGCACUCCCUUUACAAACGAGCUGGGACCCGACGACAGCGCAUCGCAGGUCGCCUGGGCCAAGCGACAGCAGAUUCCGCAGCGUGGCCUGACGAGAAAGGUGAAGCUGACACGGGGCAACUGGAUCGUCGACCACCGCGUGCCCACGGCCGUCAAGAACUCCGUCGAGCCAAAGUGGUCCCAGGGCAGCCGGACAAACGAGUUCAACUUUAUGCGCUACACAGCUGCCACUUGCGACCCGGAUGAAUUCACGGCAGAGAAUGGCUGGACGCUUCGGACGAAUGCCCAGUACCACCGAGACACCGAGCUGCUCAUUGCCAUUACCUACUACAACGAAGACAGGAUCCUGCUGGCCAGGACGCUGCACGGCGUCAUGCUCAACAUUCGCGACAUCUGCAAGAGCAAGGCGUCCAAAUUCUGGAAGCGCAGCGCCGAAGAGGGCCGGCCCGGCUGGCAGCGAAUCGUUGUCACGCUCAUCUUUGAUGGCAUCGACCCCUGCGACAAGGAAGUCUUGGACUUGCUGGCCACCGUCGGCGUCUACCAGGACGGCGUCAUGAAGCGAAAGGUCGACGGCAAGGAGACGGUCGCUCACAUCUUUGAGGUGACGACGCAGCUCUCCGUCGACGCCAGCCCGAGCCUGGUGCAGCCCCACGGCGACGAUCCCGCCAACCUGGUGCCUGUGCAGAUGAUCUUCUGCCUCAAGCAAAAGAACAGCAAAAAGAUCAACUCGCACCGCUGGCUUUUCAAUGCCAUCGGCAGGCAGCUCCAGCCCGAGAUUUGCGUCCUCAUCGAUGCGGGUACCAAGCCGGGUCACAAGAGUCUUUACUACCUCUGGGAGGCCUUUUACAACAACGCCAACCUCGGUGGUGCUUGCGGCGAGAUCCACGCCAUGCUGCAGAACGGCAGAAAGCUCAUCAACCCUCUGGUUGCUGCACAAAACUUCGAGUACAAGAUGUCCAACAUCCUCGACAAACCCCUCGAGUCGAGCUUUGGCUACGUCAGUGUCUUGCCCGGUGCUUUCAGUGCCUACCGGUACCGCGCCAUUCAGGGUCGGCCCCUCAACCAGUACUUCCACGGAGACCACACGCUGGCUGAUCGCCUGGGUAAAAAGGGCCUGCACGGCAUGGGCAUCUUUACCAAGAACAUGUUCCUGGCCGAGGAUCGUAUUCUCUGCUUUGAGCUUGUCGCAAAGGCCGGCGACAAGUGGACGCUCUCGUAUGUCAAGCCGUCCAAGGGCGAGACGGACGUUCCUGAGGGGGCCGCCGAACUCAUCUCGCAGCGCCGUCGAUGGCUCAAUGGCUCCUUUGCCGCCUCCAUCUACUCGCUCGUCCACUUCUUCCGGAUCUACAAGUCGAACCACGGAAUCGUCCGGCUGUUCUUCCUGCACAUUCAAGCUGUCUACAACGUCUUUAACCUCCUCUUCUCCUGGUUCGCACUCGCCAAUCUCUGGUUGACCUUCUCGAUCAUUAUCGACUUCAUCCCCCAGCAGCUCCUCAAGGGACAGAGCGAGACGGUCGAAAUCGUCUUCCACUGGAUCAACCUCGUCUGCAAGUGGAUCUACGUCUUCUUCCUGGUUCUCCAAUUCGUCUUGGCCCUCGGUAACCGACCAAAGGGCGAGAAGACGACGUAUCUCGUCUCUUUCAUCGUCUUUGCUGUCCUGGGUCUCUACCUCACCGGUACCGCGCUCUGGCUGACUGUCAGGUCUUUUGCCAACGCCGACAAAGGCAAGACGGGCCAGUUCCUCAAGGAUUUCUUCGCCAAUCAGUCCAAUGCCGUCCUGCUCGCUGCAUUGGCUGCGACAUUUGGCAUCUAUUUCCUCGCUUCUGUCCUCUUUGCUGAUCCUUGGCACAUGUUCACGAGUUUCCCUCAGUACAUGCUUAUUGCUCCUUCCUUUGUCAACAUUCUCAACGUCUACGCCUUUUGCAACCUGCACGAUGUCUCGUGGGGCACAAAGGGCUCCGACAAGGCCGAUGCACUCCCUUCGGUUGACACAAAGAAGGACAAGCCAGGCCAGGAGGCCGGCACCGUCGAGGAGAUUGAGCGCGAGCAGGCCGACAUCGACGCCAACUUCAAGGAGGUCGUCUCGCGUGCAGUCGCUCCUGUCACCGUCGUCACCACCGUAGAGAAGCCAACGAUGGACGACGGCAACAAGACAUUCCGGACCAGGCUUGUGGCAUUCUGGCUCCUCACAAACGGCGCCCUGACCGUGGCGAUUGAAAACGUCAACGGGUACAACGGCAACCAGACACAGACUGAAAUCGAUCGGGAACAGAGCAGCAAGCAGACCGUCUACUUUUCCAUUAUCCUUUGGUCCACCUUUGGACUGUCCUUCUUCCGAUUCCUUGGUUGCCUCUACUACUGGGUCACGAGGCAGGCAACGAGGAUGUGCAGAAAGGACCGGAGCGGGUGGUAGAUGAGCCAGUCUCUCACAGUAUUUUUCUCUUGAUAUCCUCGGACACACACUCUCUCCCCACCUCUCUUUGUCCAGAUCUGUUCUUCUAUCAGGGAUCGUAAUUCCAAUCGUUAUAAUGGUACACAAUGAACAGUACAGUACAAGCACAAGUGAAAUGAGAUCGUUCAGUACCCGUCUAGGU